AUGGCUUUGAAUAGUCAAACAACGAAAACGACAUCAAAGCCGAAAACAAUUCGUCCUCCAGGGUCUAAUACAUCCAGAGUUUCAGUUGCAUGUGACCGUUGUCGCAAAAAGAAAAUACGGUGCUUUUAUGAUGAUGACGAUAAAGAACACAAACCUGGUGAAAAAAGGCAAUGUGCUAACUGUAAGGUUGUUGGCUUAGAAUGCAUCUUCACAGAUAAGUUAGCCAGAAAGGCUUUCCCUAGAGGGUACACCGAAUCUUUGGAAGAGAGAGUGCGAGAGCUUGAAUUUGAAAACAAGAAGCUGCAAAAACUUUUGAGCUUGAAGACAUCCAGUUCUGGAUCAGGUGCACAGGUUGCUUCUCCCGGUAGUAUCGAUUCUGCUAUGGAUGACAAUCCCAGUUCUGGGAAGUCGAGUGGAACGCCAAAGUCCAACUCACAAUCUCCACUGAAUGUACCCUUAAAUAAGGAGAAUUUGACCAGAUUUAACCAGCAACACAAGAAGGAAGUUCGAUCACCAAAUAGUCGAACUAAGAAAACUCUUGGUUGUGGCCAUCUAGGACAUCUUCAUGAUGACUCAUGCAACUGUGGAUAUGCUCAUUCUAUUCAUGAUAGACCUGUCUCUGUAGCAGGAUCGGUUGAUAUUGAUCACGGGGAGCUGAGUGACGACAAUAUUUCAUUAUACUCAGUCGGAGCUUCUGAGUCAGCAUCGUAUACUGCAGGUGCAGACGAUCUUAGGCGCAGAUAUGGAUUCAAUUCAUUUGAACAGGUGAAUGCACCGGGUGCAGCAGCAGCCAUAUCACUUCAAAAUAAGCUUCGAACAAAAAAUUUCAUGAAUUUGGCAAAUUUGAUUGCAGCAUCUAUUCCUCGAUCAACUGAAGAAACGCUGUUUAUCCCAACUCUUCUUGCAAAGAUUGUGAAUGUUCACGGGUUUAACUCUAAGGCUCCAUACUUGACUGCUAGGAGCAUUGCACUAUUGAAGGAGCUGCCAAAUGAUGGCGAUAAGUUCAAUCAAUAUCCUGUCACGUUUAAAGGGGUAAACUUUCAUGGAUUAAAAAGAGAGGAAUCCAUUCAGUUCUUUAGGACUCUUAACCUUCCAAAUUAUUUAAACUUGGAUUUAUGUGUUUCAGUAUAUUUUGACACAUGGAAUACCAUUGUUCCAAUCUUUAACAAAGAGAUUUUUAUGAACAAUUACAUCAAGUUUGGGAAAAGUCGUGGAAAGAACUUUGAAGAUGGUGGCAUGGUUGGCUUUGAGAAAUUUGGAGAACUUUUGGUUAUAAUAACAGCAUUGGUGUUACUUUCUCACGAGCGCAACAAUUCAUUCAAGAGUGGAAAUAAGAAAGAGUCCAGUAACACAGAAGUAUUGCAGUUCUACGACCAUAUGAUCAAACAAUUUAUAACUUCCAAUAUGACAUCCAUCUGUUCGAUAUCUUCCUUGCAGAUGGUGACAAUUGAAUUACUUUACUGCCUUACUACGGGGGACCUUAAUACAAGUUAUGAGCUUCGUGGCAGAAUGGUAACCAUGUCGCAGCAAUUGAGAUUGCAGAGAUGUCCUGCUGCUGUUUUGGGAUACAACGGUUCGAAUGUGUCAAAACUUCAACAGGGUGAGAGGAGAAUUCUCUUUUGGUGCAGUUAUUCACUAGAUGCAUUUAGUGCGUUCAUUUUAGGUGUUCCACGAUUAUUUAAGGAUUAUGAAAUCGAAUGUGCUCUACCCUCAUCAAGCUCAUCGGAUAAGGAAAACAAAGACUCGGAUAUCAACAUGAUUACUUUCAACAAUAUAAAGCUUUCACUUGUUGGUAAAGUAUGCGAUUCAGCAUUGAGCGUUAUGAGGUACUCAAGAAUUUUGGGUACAAUUGUGGACAAUAUAUUUAAAAGGAACGAUAACAACUUGAAAAAGCCAUCAAUAGAUGAAUCUGCAUGCUUCGUAAUGGAAAAUAUGCUUGAUUCAUGGAGAAAGACUAUUCCUCCCACCGUCAGUUUUAAUCGUCUUGAUGUUGAUGGAAACUUUAGUGAUUAUGAUAAGAUGAAUAACACACAAUUGACAUUACUAUACUUGUACUACCAGGCCAAGGCAUUAAUAUACAUGCCUUUAAUGGCAUCCGAAUCCCAGAAUAACAAAAGUUCGCCAGCAUUUAUCAGUAUUCAGCAGGCAACUACUGCAAUUUUAACAAUAACUAAGGCUUUGAGUUCUCCUGGACAUGACUUUUAUUAUUUACCAUUACCAAUGAAUCUGCCCAGACAAAAAGCUCGCUUUGUAUUGCUAGCAGCAAAGAGUGCUCUAGAAUUCACAAGGGGCGGUGCACUAUUCCAGGAAGCUAAGUCGUUGAUCACUUCCGCAAUUCAAGAUUUGAAGGAUGAGAGUGAAAUAAAGAUGCUUGGAUGCCUUUCUUCAGAUUGUUGCACAUGCCUUGAGCGUGCAGUCGAUGCAAUUUUUUCUCAGCCACAUCCUAUUCCACUUUCACCUUCUCCACCGCCUCGUUUGAUUACCGAUAUUUCCAAAUAUAAAGGGAUCACCUCUCCACUGCGCAAUGUUGCAACAGCAAACACGUAUAGUGAAGGCAACAAUCAAAUAACUGCAACGAUUAAUGUAGACAGUGCUGUUCCGAUUCGAAGUAAUAGUGUGAAUGGUGUUGAAGGUAGACAUCAUUUGAAUUUAUCGCAUGAGAGACGUUUUAGCGAUAGCAUCAAUGGCAAUACCAGUUCGUCUGUCAAAACAGAGCCAGAUUCAGCCACUGCUCUUAAUGAUAUAUUUACGAAUAAGGUCGGAUAUCAGAUUCAAACAUUACAACAACAGAUGCGACAACCGUUCCAACCGAUUCCACCAGGAAUGCAAUAUCAACGCAAUUCUCUCAGAAACCAAAGCACUUCACCACAUUCAGCAUCAAACAACAGCAACACUAGCUCUACAGGAAGCUUCACACAAGGUUAUAAUACAGGAGUACAAGGAUCUCAAACAACACCAGAUUGGAAUUCUAAUAGUGGAAGCUCAUAUAAAAAGCUGGAGGAACAACAAUUGAAUCAGAAUCUCCAUGGGUUGCAGUUUCCAGGAAACCAGGAUAUGCUGCAUAUAUUUAACGUAACACAGCAGCAGGAAGUUAAAAGCUUGAAUGAUAUGCUACAGCAGGUCAAUAUAGAUCACGUUCACAACAAUUCUGAGAUGUCGAGUGCUUCUAUUUUGGAGAGGCCACAGGCAAACCUAUCAGGCACGGAUACUCAAAAGCAUAAAGAAACUACCCAAGCGACUGAUCACCCAAGUUCUUUUGCUCCAGGGAACGGGAAGUCAUACAGCGAUUUAUUGAUGCUAAAUGACUUCGGUGUUGACGCUUCAAUAGGUGUUCCCUUCGAUUUUGAACUAGAUGGACAAAAUAAGAGAGCCCGACUUGAAGUUGGUAGUAACAAGGAGCAACCGGACGCAAAUUCAGCUAAUAAUAACGGCUAUCCAUCAUAUAACAAUUUAUUCGAUUGGCAUUGA